GGGAACUCCAUCAUAAGCGGAGAAAUGCACUCCAGCCAGUAGUCGCUCACUCUUUAUUCAAUUCGUUUCAUGGGCGGCGGCAAAGUUAUCAAUCACGGUACGCCUGAAGCUUGUUUAAGUGUAAUGACAAGUUUCAAUACAAUCACUGAUACGUAAUUUGUUCCAUCCAACUAUUUUGAACUGCGUCAACUUUAUUGUGUAAUAAAUCUUAUUAUCCAGACGGACCAUGUUGGAGGGUUUAGCGGCAACAUCUUCAGACGAUGGAUAUGGAAGUGAUAGUGUGAGCUCCACAUCUUUUCUUCCAAUGACCCAAGAACAAAAAGAUUGGCUCAUAGCUAUUGUUGAUUGCGACCAACCGAAAAUGACAAGCAUGUUAAAUAAGCAUCCUGAAUUAGCUGGAUGGAAGACUAACAUUAAUGGAUAUACUGCACUACAUUAUGCAGUUAGAUUCGGUGACUGUGCUAUCAUUCGGCUAUUACUCGGAAAUUAUCAAGUUCCUGUCGACGCUCAAACUUACGAAGGUACUACUGCAUUACAUUUAGCUGCCGCCAGUGGUAAUGAAGAUGUUAUAGUUCUGUUAACUUCCAUGUAUAAUGCAAACCCUGAAAUACGAGAUUUCCAUGGUCGGCUACCAAGUGCAUAUCUUCCCAAAGAGAAGGAAGCCCUAGCAAAAUACUUUCCGAACCCCUUGCGAACAUUGCUGCAGAAUCGUAAUAAUAAUCUAUAUUUGUUGAUGAGUCAACCAGAAAUAAACAAUAUUCACACCAAUACAGUCUCCUGUGACGAAAACAGUGAUGAUCACAGUGAAUCAGGAUCACUACUAAAUCUGCCAAAUUCAACUCCUUUACCAAUUACUCCUCAAUUCCCAUGGAAUCAGACCAAUCAAAAUCACACAGAAGACCUCCGUCGAGGAUUUCCUUUCACGCGAAGUAUAGGCUCCCGUCAAGGAGGACGUGAUUCUUCCAGGGAUAGAUAUCACAACAGAUAUCCACCAUUUGGCUUAACGAACAAGGUGCCUCUUUCUUCUGGAGACAUGAAAGUUUUGAAUAUGAGUUUUAAGCGUCCCUCAAUGAAAAUAAGGUGUGACAGUCCUAAAAGAAAUCUCGAUUCAAACUUCAAUUACAGUGAUGUAGAACUAAUCAAUAACAUCUACUCACUUAUUCGUCAUAAACAUCAAAUACCAUCGCUGUACAAUCCAUUGAAUCCUGAAAGCGCUAAAGCAACGGAUUAUAAUGUAAGUUGUAAUAAUUGUCAUCUAUAUCCAUCUCAUUUGUAUCUAAACUCGAUAGAAAACACGAAGAUUUACUACUUACAGGUGUAUUGAUGUAAUAUUUAUUUGUAAGGAAUUCGUAUUCGACAGAAUUAUUUGUACUGCGUUAUUUACAAUAAGUAGGACUAAAUAAUAAUAGACGUUUACACAGUACAGUAAUAGAGAUAGUUAAUGACCGCAAUUGCUUUUCUCCAGUAUGUAUAUAUAUUCGAUUAUUAAAAGUAUUCUGUCAUCUCUUUGUGGACGUUUCUUCGAUAGUCAGACCAGAUAUCUGUGAAUCGUAUUUGCACACCCUAGGUUUGCUGUGAUUGGUUGUUGAUUUCCUCAAGCUUAGGCUUUAUUAUUGUUUUAUCUCGUGACUCCGAUUCGGGACGUAAACGACGUAAAUUGGUGUCUACAAUUUCGGCUAGCAGACAGCUCUCACCACAACUUUACAUUCCCUUCUCAGGUUGUGCACUUACGCAGAGUUUGUAAAUGUUCACAGUGAUUUUUACCAACAAUUUAUAGUUCAAAUUCUGUCCUUGAAUAUAAUCCGGGAGACUUGGUGCUUUUGGUGUGGCAUUUUAUUUAGCACAAUGGAUACCAUUUGGUUGCUUAAAAGGGUAUAGGUUUAGUAACAGUUAAUUUGUGUAUUCUUUGCAAUUAUUUGUGGAAAGUAGUUGAUUAGAACUAAUUUCGAAAAACAUUAACAGUUGGUUACACACACUAGUGGCAUCCCGGAUAUUUUCUUAUAGGACAAUGACAGUUUAAUAUAAAGUUUUUUUUAAACACCCGUUUUGAGGAAAAUACGACUGCUAUUGCUGUUUAGUAUGCAUAUACUUGUAUCUACGCGUAAAUGCCAUCUCUGUUUGCUGUCUUACACAGUUAGUGCAACAUUACUCAUAAAGCAUGAUUACCAAGAUAAUUUUGUGAUUUUCAUAUAACAACAGAAAGGCUAUUUUUAUUUCUACUAUCGUCAUGAUUAUAUGUAAACUUGUUUUGCUUUUUUAAUUAGCAAAGAAGUGCAUGUCGUUUAGC